CUGGGUCGACGGGACCGUCAUCACUACGGCGUGCUCACCUUGGACGAAAUCAAUCGCCGCAUUUCCGAACGCGCGCACGCGUUGGGCGUUGACAUCGAAUGUUUCCAGUCCAACCACGAGGGUGCUUUGGUCGACAAGCUCCAGGAGGGUGCCGGCUCAAUAGACGGCGUGGUGAUCAACGCGGGUGCGCUGACCCAUUACGGCCUGUCCCUAAAAGACGCUCUAACCGACGCCGGCGUCCCCGUGGUCGAGGUGCACCUCAGCAACAUCCACGCCCGCGAGGAAUGGCGCCGCCAUUCGGUGUUGGCCGACACCGCGCUCGCCCAAAUUGCCGGGCUCGGUUGGAGAGGCUAUACUGCUGCAUUGGAAGCGUUGGCAGGCAUCAUCGGCGACGAGACUGGCUAG